CCCAAGCUGCACCCCUACUAAAUACUGGUUUCUUCUAUAAUUGUCAUAAACAACUAACUGUUUUAUAUACACAAUUGCCAAUUGGGCGUUCCACAUUCAAGCCUACAACAAAAUAAUCGCCUCCUCCCUCUCCCACUCUCUCUCUCUCUCUCUCUCUCUCUUAAUCCUUCACUUUCUCUCUCUAAAAUGCCAAACUUCAUAAGCGUUCAGCAACUCCAAUUCCACUUUUCAUUCCUCCGAUUCCUUUGCAUCAAUUCGGCAUGGAAGAGAUCCUGUCGAAUUGGUGGUCCACGCUGAAUUGGGAUCUCAAUGAUUGUUGUAAGCACAAGCAAAGGUAUUUCCUCGCUAGUAUCUGCAUUUUCACCGUCGUCAUUCUUCUGGUACGAUUCUUCUAGGGCUUUUUCUUCUUCUCUUUCUAUCUCUUCUGUUCAAUUUCCUUUCUGGCAUAGAGAGAGCUUUGAAUUUGAAUACAAUUUAUAUGGUCAGUUUAUAUUUUUCUUUCAAUUUUAGCUUUCACACUUCCUAAACGAAUGUUGUUCAAAUUUUAGGCAACAAUGGCGCUCGUUCUUCAGUCCUUUAAUGACACCACAUUUCUAGGUUCAAGAGCUUCUUUGUGUGUGUGUGUGUGAAAUUUUCAUACUAGAAAGCCACAAACGUGUGUAUGAAUCAUAUAUAUGUGGUGAUAUAUAACAUUUGAAAUUCAGGAAUAUAUUUUUAUUAAAAUUUGACGAUUUUUAAUCCACAAGCCACAGACGUGUGUUUUUAGCACGGAAAAGGAAAUGAGACAUGGGACACGGAUGUGCUAACACGGAAAAUCCUAAAAAAGUAGGAAGUAGGAACAGACAUGAUGAGGUACAAACAUGUACAAACAUAUGUGACCUAAGUCACACAGAGCCAGAGCAAGAGUGGGAGAGCAAUGCACAAGGCUCCUGCUACUACGGGGUCUUGGGAGGGUUAGAUGUACGCAGCCUUACCUCCGAAGAAGCUGUUUUCUGACUCGAACCCAUGAAGGUCACAAUGGAGCAACCUUACUAUUGCGCCAAGGCCCACCCUUUGUUAUAGCUAUAUAUAUAUAUAUAUAUAUAUAUUACCUUACACCCAAAAAGAUAUAUAUACACUAUAUUGUGAGAAGUCUGCUGCAUGCUUGACCCGUGUUAACAAUGUUUAUGAUAUUUUUCCCCUUGAAUUUUGAACAUGCCUGGGGCAUGUGAGACACUCUUUCAGGAAUUUCCAGCAAAUUGUCUUGUUCGACACAGAGAUGUAUUUGUUGUAGAUGUGACUGCUUCAUAGAUUUUCCUUCAAGUUUAUCUUUUUGCUACGUAAGGUGGAGCAAAUUUCUGGAAAACAAUUCAUGAUAAUUAUCUAUGGAGGACAUUUCUGCUGACACCUUUUAAGCUUAUCACUGUAUUUCUUCACGAAGCAAGCCAUGCAAUUGCUUGUAUGCUUACAUGUGGUCAGGUGGAGGGCAUGAAGGUUCAUGCAGAUGAGGGUGGGGUGACAAUAACUCGCGGUGGUGUAUAUUGGUUAAUCUUGCCUGCUGGAUAUAUUGGUUCAUCGUUUUGGGGGAUGGUUCUUAUACUUGCAUCCACAAAUGUCCUCACUGCAAUGAUUGCUGCUGGUUGUUUUACUGCUGCUUUGCUUAUUGUGCUAUUUAUUGCUCAAAAUUGGACCCUUCGAGGACUUUGCAUUGGAUUUAUUGUUUUCUUUGCCGUAGCUUUGUACCUGCAACAUACAUCACAACUUCGUAUCCUCCGGUACAUCAUUCUCUUUAUUGGUGUAAUGAACUGUUUAUUUUCCGUAUAUGAUAUCUAUGAUGAUCUAAUAUCUCGAAGGGUUAACUCCAGUGAUGCGGAGAAGUUUGCGGAAGUUUGUCCUUGCCCUUGUAAUGGUGUUGCAUGGGGUGCCAUUUGGGGAAUGAUAUCAUUCGUGUUUCUUUGUGGAGCAAUGUACCUUGGACUCGUCAUCUUGUCUUAAGGGGUACUUUUUGAUAAUGAGGCCACGCUAAUUUUGUUGUUUUAGGAAGAGAAAUGAUUGACCACAGUAACCGCACAAUCUCGCAAGCAUCAAGCAAGAAUUGAUUCAACAAAGGGAAUGGAAAAAUAAGGAAGAGAAAAAGAGAAGUAGGUUCUUGGACUUGGUCUGCUACUUGAUGUUUGAAGAAAGUAGUAGUUCUUAUUUAUUUUUUUCCUUGACAGUAUUUGGCGUACUGCUUGGAGACACCAUACAUACUUAAAUUAAUCUGGUUCAUCCAGGACUGCAAGUGCGUCAUCAGUCAUGCCACAAUAUCUAAACUUCCAUGCCUUCAUUUGUCAAAUCCAUUCUUAUUCGCGGUUCACAUCACUAAUUUACAUGUAUACUGUAUAAAAAAUUUGUAUAGAUAUUACUCUCAAUUGAAUUUGCGGAGUAGAUGUAACAAAUAUAGAUGUAAUUAAGCUGAUUGUAAUCUUUAACAAAUAUAAUGUACACGAGUCUUGACUCUGCAAGUCUUAUCCCUCCUUUCAGUAGUGCUGGAGCAGUGAGUGCUUGAUGAUGGCAUCACAUCCUCCAGAAUCAGUCUGCUAUAGUUCGGUUCAAUUCGCUGAAAUCAACGAUGCCAUGGCU